GUUGCCAGACUUUCGAAAUGAGUGUGACGUACAGACGCAGACGUACACUAUUUUCGAUAGCAAAAAUUGUAGUAUUCUUAAACCAUUAAAAAAUUCAUUUACAUCUAUGCGAAACACAGUAAACAGCGGCUAAUAACUUAAAGAAGCAAGCACACAACACACUCAUUGUUUAACAUAUUAUUAACACAGAUAUUACAGACAUUUAGUGCAGCGCAUCCAGCAACGACAAGUGCAAGAAAAUGAGCACGUCAAAUGCAAGCCGUAAGGAAACGGAGCGCACGAAAUUGAUACAGGAAAAAUGUCAAACCCUAUUAACCCAAAUGCUGCGGGAUGAUGACAAUAAAUAUUGUGUGGAUUGUGAUGCCAAGGGUCCCCGCUGGGCAUCGUGGAAUCUGGGCGUGUUUCUGUGCAUUCGAUGUGCUGGCAUCCACCGGAAUCUGGGCGUCCACAUAUCACGUGUGAAAAGCGUCAAUCUGGAUGCCUGGACGCCGGAGCAAGUUAUUUCGUUGCAAUUGAUGGGCAACUCGCGUGCUCGAGCUGUUUACGAAGCGCAGCUGCCGGAUGGUUUUAGACGUCCACAGACAGAUACGGCUCUGGAGAAUUUCAUACGGGCGAAAUAUGAACAUAAAAAGUAUUUGGCAAGAGAAUGGGUGCCACCCUCGCCGCCCAAAGUCGAUUGGGCCAAGGAGAUCGACGAAGAACUGGAAAGGCAAAAGCGCAAAAAGAAAGCAGGGCAAACCGGAUUGGGCAUUAGCAAUAUAUCGAGCAACAGCGACAAGCGCAUUUCGGCAACGACAGCGACGAAAAGCACACCGCUGCCAGCGCCGCUGCCCAAACCAAAGCCCAAUCAGGUGGGCGGCUGCAGUCCAAAGACUUCGCAUCGUGUGCAAAACACCAAUAGCCUAAGUAGUGGUGCUGCUGAAAGUGAUCUGUUGGGGCUCUCCUCGCCCACGAAGCCGAUAGCAGCGAGCGCUGUACAGGAUCUGCAGAAUGAUAGUUUCACGAGCUUCUUGAGUGCCAGUAGCAGUAAUGUGACACCGGAGAAAACGAAUGGCAAUGGGAAUGGAAUUCGUGGCGACGUCUCGCAAGCCAUGCCCACCAGUCAGCCCAAUUCGUUAGCUCAGCAGGAGCAAGACUUUUUCAAUCAAGGCACACUCAGUGCCGGCGACAAGGAUCAGUCGGGCAAGAUGUCCAAGGAUAGCAUAUUGGCCUUGUAUGGCAAUGCGCCAACCACACAUAAUCCACAACUGAGCUUCGGUAAUUUCACGGGCAUGGCACCGGGCGGUUACAUGCACCAUCACCAUCAGCAGCAGCAGGUGCCGCAACAAACGCAUCAUCAGUUUAUGACACCCCCCAACUCAGUGAGCAUGUAUAAUGCACCCGUUAUGGCCGCACCAAAUGCAUUCAGCAAUGCACCCACCGGUGGGUCGAUGAAUCUAGUUGGCAAUGUCGCCUUUGGCGGUGGCCCAUUUCCAAAUGCGACCACAGCAAGCUCAUAUAUGGUGGGCAGCAACCAACAAUCAGCAAACAAUCUGAUGCAAACCAAUCAGAGUUUGCUUAGUGGCAUGCAACUGUUUGGUAAUGCUGGGCCAGCGGUGCAGGCCACACCACAAUCACAACCACAGCUGCAGCAGCAGCCGCAGCUUGGCAUUGGCAUGAAUCUGAUGCAGCCGCUGUCGAGCGGUUUGCCUUCCACGGGUUAUCCGGCUGCAACGGGCACUACGGCCACGUCUGUGACGUCCAACUUAAAUCAGCAAUUUGGGAAUUUAAAUAUUGGUAAUGUUUGGCAAUAAAUGAGGAGAAGAGAGACUCUUUUGCUGCAUUCCUUUAUUGAAGAACGUUCACAUAUGCUGAAUAUAAGUUAUAAAUUGUUAAUAUAUAACUUUUUGUACCUACUUGCCUACGUUGUCAUCGUCGAAACUUCCGUUGUAUUAAUAGAAGAAUUUUGUAUUAUUGUUUAUAUUUUUGUUCUGUUCUGCCACCUUCCUGUUUUUAUGUUUAUAAUAUGUUGUCAGCGACUAGAACUGCGUAUACAUACAUACUGAUAUAUAUGUGUAUAUAUAGACAUAUACGUUCGAAUUAUUUGCAAUUGUAAUAUUGGCCCAUUUGUACAUCCACACAUCAAAUAUCGUACAUAUUUAUGUAAUUACUGAUAACAUAAGAUGAAUACAGAAAUUGGAACAUAAGAUAUCUGUAUGCUAUACUAUAUUCAUCCAGCCAUAUGUAUGUACGUUCCAAUAAUACUGAGGAAAUAAGUGAGAUUCUUGUGGCUUUUGGCAAGCGUACUUGUAAGUUAUAUUUUAACCUUAGAGCGAACGGCAUAUGUAUAUAUGUGUCUUUCAAUACCUAAUUGAGAAUCCGCAGUGUGAAAUACGUAUGUACUUCUAUUUAAUAAGUGGAUACCAUUUUAAUAAAUAAAUAUUCAUUAAAUAUAUAAUAAACUAA